UCAGCGGACCCUCUGCAACAACCUCACAUUGAUACCAAGAAAUAAACGGCCGUCAGCGAUGGCGUUCGGAUCUGGGGGUAAAACUACGUUAAGCGGGAGCCGGAGCUCGUUCCGAUCACUCUAAGAGAGAUCCAGCUCCACGAUAGGCGCAAGACGAGAAACUCAGGUGGAGGGGUGAUGGACCCACCCGCAACGACCACAGCAGGUAAAGCGUCAAUCCACAUUCUUCCAUCCUCCUCAUACUCUCGCCAACCUCAUCAAGUCACCUGCCAGCAUCGCUCCGUAUUUGGUCCACCAUCAACCUUGAACCGGACCCCUACCGGCUGUGCUGCUUUUCCUCCCACCAAGCUAUCUUCAUUAAGCGUGCCCCUGAAUCCUGAGGGGUGGUGUUAAAGAGCUUUGAAUGUUGCGGAGAUCACUGCCACG